ACUGUGUUGCCAUUGGAAAUCAUCGACAAGUCUAUUGGACACGAGAUCCGUGUUUUAAUGACCAACGAUAAGGAGUUCACUGGUAAGUUGGUUGGAUUCGAUGACUUUGUCAACAUGGUUUUGGAAGACGUCAGAGAGAUUGACAGCGACGUCAAGAGCGAUAAGGUUAUCAAGAAAAUGUUGUUGAAUGGCGGACAAGUGGCUAUGAUAAUUCCAGCA